AUGAGCACUGAAAUUCAACGACACAUUCUGAAUUUCCAAUCCGCAAUUGCAUUGGAUAUGACUACUAUGGCUACCAAACCCAUUGAGAAAGUUGCCAUUGUCGGGGUAAGUCUUAUCAAAAUAUCCACGAACACUGCCUGGGAGAUAAGUACUAAAAUAUCCAAGGCCACUGGGAGAAUUGGAGGUGCAUUUGCUCAGGCCCUUCUCAAAACAGGCAGACAUACGGUUACAGCUCUCACCCGCCAAAACAGCGAAGCCAUAGUCCCAGAUGGAGCUCACAUCGUACGAGUUGACUACGAAGACGACGAAUCGCUUAUCAAGGCCCUGGAGGGUCAGCAAUUCCUUGUCAUAACUCUCUCAGUCCGGGCCCCAGACAAUCUUCAUGGAAGGAUUGCUGCUGCAGCAUCAAAAGCCGGUGUUCCGUACAUUAUGCCUAAUGCCUUCGGAAACCCGAUUAGCUCUGACGGAGCCAACGAGCAUGAGGUUAUGGGCAAAAUCAUGGCUGAGCGAGUCCAAGAUGCUCAGAAUGGGAACUCAUCCUCGAUCACCAUGCCUUGUGGCUUUUGGUAUGAGUGGAGCCUGGCACUUGGCGAGCAAUGGUUCGGUUUCACAAUCAAAGACCGAAAGGUGGCUUUCUUUGACGACGGCAAGCGAGUCAUCACUGUCAGCACUUGGGACCAAUGUGGCCAAGCCUUGGCUAGCUUGCUCAGUCUUCCAGAGUCGGGGGCAACACCAUCACUUGCUCAGUUCAAGAACAAACAGGUCUUGAUCAACAGCUUCCGAGUCUCUCAACGUGAUAUGCUUGACAGUCUGCACCGAGUCCUCGGAACUAGUGAUGCUGACUGGGAUAUCACCUAUGAGCCAGCUGAAAAGCGAAUUGCAGAUGGCAUUGCAGAAAUGGCCCAGGGUAAAUUGACUGGAUUUGCCAAAAGGCUCUAUGGAGCUGGCUUUUUGUCCACCAAUAAGCAAAGCGAUUUUGCCGCUAGCAUGGAUCUGGCGAAUGAAAUUCUGGGGCUCCCUCAGGAGGAUCUGGAUAAAGCAACUCAGAGGGCAGUGGAUAUGUUAGAGAGUGGUUGGAAUCCCUUCCCCGGAGAAACGUUGGUUUAG